UUGACCACCGAACCAGCGAUACGUCUCUAACAACAAAAACCCGCACCUAGCCAAUUGCAUUUCGCAUUUUGCAUUUUGCAUUCUCACUGCCCCCGGAAGUCAAAGCAGCUUCAGCGGAAAUUAAAACAAAUCGAAGCCGAAAUAAAAGCCAGAGCUAGCGAGCGAACGAGAUAGAAAUAGAUAGAGAGGAAGAGAGAGAAAGAGAGAGCUACCAGAGAGAGCAAGUGCAUCCUUUUCACAACGCGGCACACAUUCACGACCGGUGACUGCAACUAGCCCACUCCCACACCUCCGCCCCUCUUCACCCCGGCCCCAGUUGUCCCUUGCAAUUUGUGAUCUCAUGUUUUCAUAACUUGGGCAGCAGCCGUUGGCACGGAUUAGACGGAAAACGUCAAGCAUCAGGACGUGAGGAGGUGUACCCCGUUCCAAAGUGCAGGAACACUCCACUCGCAACGAACCCCGAUCUUGCAUUUUUAUAUCGCAUUUUUGUAAGGAACCAAGAGGAACGUGUUCAGCAUUGACCAAAUGCCAUCGCUACCAGCUCUAGUUGGACGAGCGAGCAAAUACGGCAAUUAACAGAAGUUGCCUUCAAACGAAACCCCACCCAAGGCGCAGGAAGAGGAAGGACAGGAACGAAGGAAGAUAUUCCCAAUCGGAUCCCCACUAAUAAAUGCAGUGGAAGAAGAAGUUUACUCGAUUGAAAGCAGCUACUGGAAAUUCGCGUGUGCGAAGAAUGCUUUGUUGUGGACGCAGAAAGGAGAAUGGAAGAUCAGUUCCUGAUGUCACCGCAAGCCCGGGUCGGGCCCCGCCCGGACCGCUGCCCGCCAACCAGCUGCCUUCGAUGGGCAACCAGCAGCACCAUGGCAACCAGCAACAUCAUGGCAACCAGCAGCAACAUCAUGGCAAUCAGCACGGCAACCAUCGAGGCCAGAGCGGAAGUUUGUCGAACGCCGCCGGGGUCAAGGACCCGGUGAUGCUGCAGGGCGAUUUCCGGAAAGUCAGCGGCAUCAGCUCGGAGAUCUUUCGGCAGAUAGAGGCCGUCGAGAAUGACCACGACCCGAAUACGGCCGCGGCCUUGGAGGCGGUGGAGCGGCGCGGUGAGAUGAUCGUGCGCGUCCUGGAGCCACGGUGCAUGGGCAGCAAACAGGCGGUGGACGCAGCCCACAAGCUGAUGAACAAGGCGGACGCACGGCAUACCGUGCAGCUGGUGGAGAUAGUCAAGCGGCCGGGUCAGACGCUGGGCUUGUACAUCCGCGAGGGAAAUGGGGCCGACCGCACCGAUGGCGUGUUCAUCUCGCGGAUCGCACUGGAGUCGGCUGUCUACAACAGCGGCUGCUUGCGGGUGGGCGACGAAAUCCUUGCGGUGAAUCUGGUGGACGUGACACACAUGUCCCUGGACGAUGUCGUCAUUAUUAUGUCAAUUCCGCGCCGCUUGGUGCUGGCGAUACGUCAGCGGCGAGGCAACAGAGGCACAGGAUCUCCUGGACCGCCGACGCUCUCUCGGCCAGAACAGAAGCCCCCACCGGUGGUUGUCAUCAAGCGAGAUUUGCGGGACGAGGAUCUGGACGAGACGGACCGGAUGCCGAGGCCGCGCUCAUCACGUGACAGACGUACAGGAGAUGGUCGCGAGAUGACGGAGUCUCGAUCUCGGCUAGGUCUGGGUCUCAACAAUUACAGUCCGCAGUCCGAGCAGCUGGACAUGUACUACAAUACCCGCGGCGGAGGUGGUGGAGCCAUGGGCGAGCCGCCCAACUGGGGCUAUAAGCCACCACCGCCACCGUCUUCGGUGAUUACGGAGCAACCCACAAAGGCACAUGCUUUUGCGCCAUCGCAUGCCUACUACCAAAAUGCCGGCACCCUCGAAAGCCUGGCGGAGAAGGUACAUGCCUUCUAUCCUGGACAGCCUGGGGCCCCGCCCGUGGGUCCCUCGAGAAGAAUGUCCACGGGAACUGGGAACGUUGGCCUCGCUCAGCAACAUGCCAGAUUUCCGCGAUCUGGCUCAGAUCAGCAUUUACCUCGCGUAGAAUAUGCGGACUAUUCCAAUUCCCUGGGACGCCAUUCCCUUCUACGAUCCAGCUUAAAACCUGGAACGGCCGGUGGAGCUCCCAUGCAGGUGGGAGUGGGAGGCACUCUUGGCCGGUACGGGCGGUAUGAUCAACAGAGAGCCGGUGUAUCCAAGUACGGCCCUCCAGCUGGUGGAGCUCAAUCGCUGACCCGUCGUUCUAGACCAAAUUUGGACUAUUCCAGCGACACGGAAGCCACAAUUGGCCCCAGGCCAAGUUACUACUACUACAACAGACCUGCCAUCGGCAGCAUGUCAAGGGGAUCAGGUGGAGCAGGCGGCGGAGUUAGCGCAGCAUCAACGGCUGCCUUGCUGGCCGGAGCUGCGGAUCUCAAUAAAUUCAACUCAUUGCCCCGAGAGCGUCCCGGCGCGAGAUUGCAGGGCAUUCGCUCCAGAAUGGGAGAUCGUUUGGUGGACGAGAACGACGGAAAUACCUCGGCACCCGAGUUCGAUGCACGGCGGGGAAGGGAUUUGCGUCAGCGAAUUACCGCCAGUCCGUCGAUAUUUACGGCGGAUGAGUACCGCGCCUGGCUCAGAAGGGCACCUAGCAGUUCAGCAAUUGCGGAGCAAAUGCGGAUGACGCGGGACAUGUUUGCCCAGCCACGGGCUCAGCGAUUCUCAUGUAGCGCUGAGAACAUCCACGAUGCACUGAGAAAUACGGAAAGCAUCUACUCCAGUAGAACCCAUAUCCUUGGCACGGGCACGCUCGAUCGGAACAUGGGUCUCACCCGACCAGUUUCUGCGCUACCCGUGCGCUCCAUGUCCUCGCAGCACAUUGGAGGAGCGGGCUCCAUUCGUUCGCCGAGCAUACGGCGCAUGCGACAGUUACUGGAGCUUUCCGCAGGUCCCGCCAGCCCGAGCGGCAGCAUUCUGAGCACCGGUGGUCACCAGAGUCCGGCACCAACACCAAGUGCCACCUUACCACGCCCACACCGCCAGAUCGACAUUAACCCGGCGGAGUUCGCCAAGUACAAGCUGGAUAAGCCCAUCGUUGAUAUUGGAGGGAUCUCCGGCAUGUUAUGGAUUCACUUGCUGGCAGGUCGCGGCCUUAGAACCGCUCCAGAGGGAGCAGCAGGGGCGGCGCCACAGGGCCAAACCAGAGAUCUCUACUGCGUAAUCGAGUGCGAUCGCGUACAUAAGGCACGGACGGUGGUGCGAUCGGGUGACCUGCAGUUCGACUGGGACGAGUCGUUUGAGCUGGACUUGGUGGGCAACAAACAGUUAGAUGUACUAGUCUACUCAUGGGAUCCGCAGCACAGACACAAGCUGUGCUACCGAGGCGCCAUUUCGCUAUCGUCAAUCCUCCGUCAGUCGCCACUUCAUCAACUGGCCUUGAAGGUGGAGCCAAGGGGGACGAUAUACAUUCGCAUGCGGCACACGGAUCCACUGGCUCUCUACAAGAGGAGGGGACUUCCGAGCCUGAGGGCGGGUUACCCCACGCUCUUCGGCGCUGAUUUGGAAACGGUGGUCAAUCGGGAGUCUAAGAAUGCUCCCGGAAGUGCACCCGUUCCCAUCGUAUUGAGGCGCUGUGUGGAGGAGGUGGAGCGCCGUGGUCUUGAUAUAAUCGGGUUGUACCGACUGUGCGGCUCGGCUACCAAGAAGCGAUUGCUACGCGAGGCCUUCGAGCGCAAUAGCCGUGCAGUGGAAUUGACCCCGGAACAUGUUCCUGACAUCAACGUCAUCACCGGCGUCCUCAAGGAUUACCUCAGGGAACUGCCCGAGCCGCUGUUCACGCGCUGUCUUUUCCAGAUGACGGUGGAUGCCUUAGCUGUCUGCCUACCAGAUGACCCGGAGGGCAAUGCGAAACUGAUGCUUAGCAUUCUCGACUGCCUGCCGCGGGCAAACAGGGCCACCCUGGUAUUCCUCCUUGAUCACCUCUCGCUGGUCGUUUCAAACUCGGAGCGGAACAAGAUGUCCGCCCAGGCGUUGGCCACCGUGAUGGGCCCACCGCUGAUGCUGCAUUCGGCGAGUGCGCAGCCGGGUGCUGAUAUCGAUCACGCUCAGCCGAUCGCGGUGCUUAAGUAUCUGCUGCAGAUCUGGCCGCAGCCGCAGGCGCAGCAUCAGCAGAUGGCGCAGCACAUGGGCGGCGCUGCGGGGGCGAUGAUGGGCGGCUUGGUCACCGCCGGGAGCAUGAGCAAUAUGGCCGGUGUUGCUUCAGGUCGGCGCGGCGAGUCAACAGGGCAGCGUGGAAGCAAAGUCAGUGCGUUGCCAGCGGACAGACAGCAACUUCUACUGCAGCAGCAGGCGCAGCUCAUGGCGGCGGGCAAUCUUCUGCGCUCGUCCACUUCGGUAACCAACAUACUCUCCCAAGGCCAUCCUCAGCUCUCAGCCACAGCCAACAAUCAUCUGUAUCAAUCAGUAGUGGGUCAGUUAGCUCAAUCGCAUCGAGCCUUGCAACAAGCGGUGCAACAGCCCUAUCAAUUGGGGGGCUCAGUGGGCUCAGCAAUUCCCGACCCAUCGCCACUGCCACUUCCAGGCACACCCUCCCCCGGCAGUAGCUCAGCGUCGACGGGUUCGGGUUCGGGCUCGGGCUCCGGAUCGGGUAAAAGCACGGAUACCAUCAAGCGCGGUGCUUCGCCUGUUUCCGUCAAGCAAGUCAAGAUCGUCGACCAGCCAUCCAGUCCGUACUCCAUUGUGAUGAAGAAGCCGCCGCUGCAAAAAGAUGCGCCCGUAGAAAUCACCACACCCACCACCCAGGCGGAUGCAGAGUCGACCUUGGGAAGCAAUGGAACAUCGUCUCGAAGGGGGAAUGUGGACUUUUAUGAUACGCAUAAGGCGCAGGCCAAGAGUUUUGUGAACGAAGAACCCAGCUACAGCUCCAAGUACAGCGCCUUGGAAACCAAGAAGAUCAGCCUUGGCAACAGUACCUACACGCCCAGCAAGGCGAAUGCCAGUGGCCUUUCCGCCGGCGAGGACUACAAAGCGAUGCGUAACAAGUCGAGCGCUACUUCCAGCUCCAGUUCAUCGCAGGCAACCGUUUUGAGUGCUGGCUCUACGGCCACGUCAGCCCCGACCACCUCUUCAGACGAUUCGGAUGAUCUGGUCUCCUACAAGUCAUCGGCGUCCACAAAUGCCUUGCUGGCCCAAUCGCAAGCCAUGACCACCAGUCAGCUGAUGUCCAAGUAUCUCAAGCGGGAGCCACGGGUACAGUUCACGCCAAUGAAGUCACCGGAAUCGCCCUCGCCACCGGGUAGCGGCGAUGGUCUGCCCAAGGGUACUUACCAACUGGUUACGCCUGUCUCGGGGCCGUCGAGCAAACCGGGUGCUACAACUGGAGCUAUAAGCAAGUACACCACCGGCUCAGUGGAUUCAUCUAUUAGUGCGAACAGCCAGAAGUUGUCAUCGCCCUCGCGAUUGUCCAACAGCAAGGAUAGCAAUAGCAGGACUGGAACGGUCAGCAGUACGACAGCCGCGGCCUCUUUGGUUUCCACAGGUCGGCGUUUGUUCGACAGCCUCGCCUCUUCAUCGUCCUCGGAAACGGAGACCAAGACGUACAUAGGUGGCACCACUGCGGCCAGUGGGGCCGUCACCACCACCACCUACACCAACGACACCAAGAACUCCGGCACCAGUAGCAGUAAGUCGGGAAUAGGAGGGGGGUCUGGAACUGGUUUGGGAGCGGUUUCGGGAGCAGGCUCCGAGCAUCGAAGCUUCGGCAGUACGCUAUUCGGCAGUAGUGGCUUAGGCAAUGGCAAUGGCAGCAGCCACAACCACUCUAACGCCAGUCCAAGUCCCUUCACCACCACCAACGGCAACGGCAACCACAACACCAUGCAUCUGUAUGGCACCUUGCCCAAGAACGGAACCUCCACGGGGGCAGCUCUGUUCGGCGGAUCGGCCAACAGCUCCUCGUACCACUCUUCCGCGAGUGGAAGUGGAGCCGGAACCGCCAGCAGUAGUGGGGUCAGCUCUAUGACGGGCUCCACAAAUAGCUACGACUUCUACACGAGCACAAGCUCCAGUGUGAGCAGUUCGCGCCCCUUUGCCAACGGAGGCAACAACUACCACACUCUGGGAACCUAUAGGGCUCAGUACGCCGCCACUAAUCCCUUCCUGGACGCCUUCGAUGAAAAGCCGGGCAGCAACGGGGGUAAUAGCCACGGGGAGGAGAAGCUAGGCGCGGACAAGGGCCACCACAGGGCGGCCGUAAUGGCCUUUCAGUCGUCAGGAGACUCCAAAAACGGUAGCGAUGAGUACGAUGACAUCAAGUGAGGCAGGAAAAUGGCUAUAGAUGCGGUUAGGAGAAAGGAAAACAGAUACAACUACGAUUAUACGCGUACAAAUGGUGAAGGUAAAGAAAUCUAAAAGCUAUUCUUCCGGGCUUAACCUUUCUUGCUUCUUAUUCACCUUGGCGAUCUGCGAGAAUUGUUCGUAUAUAUCAAAUACUUAUGGGCAACAUCGUUCGAUCAACUGCUCUGGUUUAAUCUUUUUUAUUCCACUCUACGAGUUUGAUCGGAAAGCAUCAAAGCAUUCAUUUCCUUCGCCAUUGCAUUGCGCGUAUAAUCGUAGUUAGGUAACAAAACUAAUGCCACACAAUGCUGAAAGUGUUCUUUUGAAGUAUUUACAGUUUACAAAUUUACAAAGUACGAACGACAGUUGCAUAUAAAGGCCCAAUGAGAACCCCCUAACUUUAGAGCCUAAAGCAAGCAUAAUCUACAUACAUAAAUUAAAUAGUCGCCGAGCUCUGUGUAUGUGUUUAUAAAUACUUGUGAAAGCUUAUCCCUGGUAGCGUUACAAGUUUUGAAGCGCUUGACAGUGGUUUGCCGUUUAGCUAACAUAAAUCCGAAUUCAAUAACAUUUACGAACAGUAUUUUUUAAUGAACUAAAACGUAAAAAAUAAAACAUAAAUUAAAGUCAACAGCGUAUACAAUAAACUACAUUUAAAAAUACAAAUAGAAGGACUUACCCAAAAGGUUGAACGCGCAUUUAAUUUUUUAAAAUAAUCCUAUAUGAACUUACACCCCUCUAGUAGACACACGAUUCGUUACUGAUAUAUUUUUGCCUACUCCCUUUUCGCAGUAUAUACUGUAUAUAAGGACAGCUCUUAUAAUCUACCCACAUUAUCUCCUUCGUGAGCGUUUCGAUGUGACCAACUCUCUUAUCUGCAAAAGCAAUGUACACGACUAUGACAACCUGUCUAAUUAACUAUUCGACGACUUUUUGAGCAACAUAUUUGCCUGCAAUGUUUCCCAAUGCCUCUUUUAUAAAACUUAAAUGUGCAUGUGUGAUCAAGUAACGAUCGAACUCCCGAUUAGGAUUUCACAUAGCAGACACCACUCGUAAACUGACAUGCAAAAUACAAAUACAUGAAUUUAUUAACGAAUCAAUGUGCUUAGUUUUUGUAUGAAACAAAGUCUGAUAUAUACACUAAUAUACAACGGUACAGUAUAAUAUUUCUAA